AUGGAACUUUACUACACCAGAAAGUAUCAUGAGCCCCGAAGGGUUUUUGCCGAUUACAACCUUCGGCUAGAUUCUCGACAAGAUUCUAAACCAAGUCUGAUUGAUGAUAUUAAGAUCUUGUUGGAGGACACUCUGCGACAGCCUAUAUCAUUUUGGCCGUUACGACAGCCUCGGACCACUAAACCCCACCCCAAAUUCUUUCGUCGUAUGUUUUGGGAUUGUGAUUGCGGCAUGGAAAUGCACGCCGAUAUUCCAUUAGACAGAUCUGACUACAUGGAUUUUCAAUUUAUUGAAACCUCUAAGCCUCGGGUAGACACAGUGUCGAAUCAAGAACUUCCCGUGAAGUUCCAAAUAUAUUUCUGUGCGGAGGGGGACUGUGGUAGAGAUGUUAUGACGACUAUCAAAUCCGAUAACCUUACCACCGAUCAAGCUCUGUUUCAACAACUUCGUAUCAACUACGCCGAAAUACGGGGCUGGAGGCUUCUUUUCUCGUUGACGCAUGUUCACGAUAUUAGAUCUGUGAGGUUCUGGCGUGGCUAUUAUGCGCGUAGGCGUCAAGAGAGGAACAGCUUCUGGAAUCUCUUCCGGAAUAUCGAACCAUUUACAUCAUACGCAGCAGACCUUUGCGACAUCAAGGAGGAAAACGUACCGCCCAUCGACGAUGACGAAUAUUUAAUCCCCCAUCGCCAACCACCAUCGUGGCUCAUACGCCCUAUAGGUCGACGAGCAAUCAUGGACCAUUUUUCAAACCCAACCGGCGGCAGAACUGACGCCUCAGAUUGUCUCCGAUACGCCAUGCCGAAGAAACUCACACCUUCCACCCGUAGCGGGUUUUCUGAACUUUAUGGAUUACACGCCGAAGAAGCUAUUUGUCCUACAAAGAUUCUGAUUUGGGGGGUUGUAGUCCACUUUCUCUGUUUCUGUAUUGGGGGGUAUUUACCUUGGUGGAUUGUUUCUGUGGCGUAUUUCGGUCUUGUUUCUGGGAAUAUCGGGUCUCGGGUUAGGAAAAAUCGGAAAUAUGGUGAUAGAUAUGAACUUGUCUAUCUUUAUAACUAG